CGGCGAACGGGGGGCGGGGGGGGGCGGCGGAGGAUGGCGGAGCCGCGCCGGGUGCCGUUCAUUAGCCUGUCACCCGUGAGGCGCCGCGAGGGCGAGAGCCCGGCGCUGGAGCGGGAGCCGGCGGGCCGCGAGCCGGAGCCGCCGCCGGUGGGCCGCGAGGCGCCGCUGUUGGCGCCGCCGGAGCCGCCGCACGAGCUCUCCCGGCCGGAGCCGCCGCCGUCCCGCGAGAGCGCUGCCCGCCUGGAGCCGCCCCGCGAGACCGGCCGGCCCGAGCAGCAGCCGCAGCGGGAGCCCCCCCGGCCCGAGCCGCCGCCGCUACCGCCGCCGCAGCUACCGCCGCCGCCGCGCCAGAGCAGCCGGCAGGAGCCGCCGCCGCCGCAGGAGGCGCUCCCGCUCCGCCAGACGGUCCGCCUGGAGGUGGUGCUGAAGGACCCCACCGAGGAGGGCUGCGUGGAGUUCAGCUACCCGGAGCUGCUGCUGUGCGGGGACUCGCGGAAGAAAUCGGUUCACUCAGAAGAUCCAUUUAAUGACGAACAACGUGAGCGGCAUGAAGUAGAAAUGCUAGCGAAGAAGUUUGAGGCAAAAUACGGUGGAAAGCCCCACAAACAUCGGAAGGAUCGCCUGCAGGAUCUAAUCGAUAUAGGUUAUGGUUAUGAUGAAACAGACCCUUUCAUUGAUAAUUCUGAAGCGUAUGAUGAAUUGGUUCCUGCAUCCCUGACAACCAAAUAUGGAGGGUUUUAUAUCAACACUGGUACACUGCAGUUCCGCCAGGCAUCUGACUCAGAGGAUGAAGACUUUGCAGAAGACAAAAAGCAUAGGCCACCUAAAAUAGCAAAGUUAAAAGAAAGUGAAGAUCGUGGCAUGAAGAAGCGCAAGCGGAAAGAUGAAGGGACAGAAAAGGAGAAGAAGCCUCGGAAAAUGAAAGUUCCUAAGCAGUUGGGAGUAAUGGCCUUAAAUUCACACAAGUCUGAAAAGAAGAAAAAGAAACUGUAUAAAGACUCACUUUCUCUGGCUGCCAUGAUCCGUAAAUUUCAAAAGGAGAAGGAAGCCAUGAGGAAGAAGGAAUCUAGUCCAAAACCUCCAGUGACUGUUGCAACCUCUACCCCUAGUAAAAUUCCUUCCUCCUCUCUCAAUGCAGGAAACGAUAUCUCUGACUUGAAUCUUAGGAUCAAUGAUCCUGUCCUCUCCAUUUUUGGUAGCACAAAUGAACGUGAGCUCCUGCAAGAAGCUGAAAGUGCCCUGGAGAUGCUGGGAGACAUUGACUUUGACAAGUUGCUUGAUGGCACUUCUGAUGGCAGCCCAGUAUCUGAGCUGUCAGGAGAAAAUGGAAAUGUCACUCAGGCAACCUACGCCUCUCAGGUCAUGACACCCAAGCAGGUGCCUGCCCUCCCAGAAGGUCUGCCUAUGCUACUUGAAAAGCGCAUUGGAGACCUUCGAACAGCUGCCAAGAUGUUUGAUGAAGAAGGCAGGAAGAAGUUUUUCACGCAAGACAUGAAUAAUAUUCUGCUGGAUAUUGAGCUACAGUUACAGGAGAUAAAUCCUGCCAUCCGCAAUGGAGUGUACUCUCACCUUGAGGCUUUUGUGCCAUGCAAUAAGGACACACUGAUAAAGCGUCUGAAGAAGCUACACCUCAAUGUCCAGGAUGACCGCUUGAGAGAACCACUGCAAAAGCUGAAACUAGCUGUCAGUAACGUCAUGCCUGAGCAGUUAUGCAAGUAUCAAGAGGACUGUCAGGCCCGCAGUCAAGCCAAGAAUGCCAAGUUGCAAGCAGAAGAUGAACGAGAGAAAAAUGGAUCGGAGGAAGAUGAUGAUGAGAAACCUGGAAAGAGAGUUGUGGGACCUAGAAAGAAGUUUCAUUGGGAUGACACAGUGAGGUCUCUGUUGUGUAAUCUUGUCAAGAUCAAACUGGGAUGCUAUGAGCUAGAGCCAAAUAGAAGUCAGUCUGCUGAAGAUUACCUCAAAACCUUUAUGGAAACAGAAGUGAAACCACUUUGGCCUAAAGGCUGGAUGCAGGCAAGGAUGCUUUUUAAAGAAAGCCGAAGUGUUCACAAUCACCUCACUUCUGCCCCGGCAAAGAAGAAGGUGAUUCUGGCCCCUAAACCCAAAGUGAAGGACUCCAGUCCAAAGAAAGAACAGAAAACCUGUAUGUCUUCAGUCAAUUCAAGUUGUGCUACUGUACUGAGUUCCAGCACACCUGUCUGCACCCCAGCCAGCUCUAGCUGCACACCAGCUCCAGAGACGAUCUGCUUGGACGACUCACUGGAUGAAGACCUCUCUUUCCAUCCACCUUCACUGGAUUCUAUUUCUGAUGCUCUGGCAGUUAUCAAUAAUGGUGCCAAGGGAUCACCUCUUGGGUCCACCAUAGACACACCAACAUCCAGACCUCGCCCUGGGCUGAGGGAAGAGAAGCUAGCAAGCAUUAUGAGUAAGUUGCCCCUGGCAACCUCGAAGAAAGUAGAGCCCACUCAAACACCCCAUUCAUCAAGUCUUAUUGCUGGUCACACAGGGCCAGUACCAAAGAAACCCCAGGAUCUAGUUCACACUGGUAUCUCUUCAGGCCUUAUUGCUGGAUCGUCAAUUCAAAAUCCUAAGGUUUCCUUAGAGCCUUUGCCAGCCAAACUACUUCAGCAAGGACUACAGAGGUCAAGCCAGAUCCAAGCUGCUUCCUCCUCUUCACAGACUCAUGUUUCUUCCUCUAAGACCCAAGCAGCUAUCUCCACCUCCUCUCAAAGAACCAAGGAUGGUAAUAUCUUAGUAUCAUCUUCAGAGGCUCCAGGUGGUUCUUCCUCAACAUCACAAGUGACAAAGGUGCACCAGCAUUCAGCUGUACAGCAGAAAUACGUAUCUCCUUUGCAAGCAACUAUUAGUAAAUCACAGAGCAAUCCAGUGGUGAAAUUGAGUAGUAAUCCUAAACUGUCUUGCUCAUCACCAGUCAUCAAGGCUCAAGAUAAGUCUGUAGUAUACCGCCUGCCUUUGUCUAAUCCCUCAUCUGGAAGUGGCUCUCAAGUGUCUCACCCACUGGUUUCUCGGACAACAUCCAGCACCUCUACCUCUAGUAACUAUUUAGCCAAGGCUAUGGUGUCACAAGUUUCUUCCCAGGGUUUCAAGCCUCCCUUCUCCAUGGCUGCCUCUCCCAAACCUGCUGCCUCUCCCAAGCCCACUGCAUCUAAGCCCUCUGUGACACCCAAGCCCAAUGCAUCGCCUAAAUUUUCAUCCAAGUCCACCUCGUCCCCCAGGCCUGCAACAACACCCAGUUCUUCCAGUUCAAGUGCACUAGUUUCCCAGAGUAGUCACUCCAGCAACAACCCCCUUCAUAAACAGACCAGUGGUGUAAAUAUCAGCAGGCAGUCUCCCACAAUGAAUUUGCUGCCCUCUAAUCGCACCUCAGGCCUUCAGCCUGCAAAGAACCCUCAGGCUUCUUCAAAAUUGCCCAACUCUUCUCCUUCUGGAACUGUUGGUAAAAAUAAUUUGGGUGGAGUUGGAAUGAAUGUACCUGCCAGCAGAGGCAGUAACCUUAACUCAAGUGGAGCUAGUAGGACUAGUCUGUCUGGGGGAGCAGGAAGUGGAACACAGGGUGCUACUAAACAAUUGUCAACUCCACACAGACCAUCUUCUGCCUCAGGGUCUCCAGUUGUAGCAGCCAGUGUGCAGUCAACAGCAGGAGCAUCAUUACUGGCUAACGCCUCACCUCUGACUCUCAUGGCAUCACCCCUAUCUGUAACCAGUCAGAACGUGACGUCUGCACCAUUAACUCCUUUUGGGAUGCUGGGUGGCCUUGUUCCUGUGACUGUGCCCUUCCAGUUUCCCUUGGAGCUGCUUGGCUUUGGGACGGACACAGCUGGAGUGACAACCACCUCGGGAUCUACCUCAGCGGCUUUCCACCACAGCCUAACUCAGAACUUACUGAAGGGUUUACAGCCAGGUGCUCAGCACGCAGCAACACUGUCUCACUCACCUCUGCCUGCUCACUUGCAGCAAGCUUACACAGAUGGAGGCCAAAGCAAAGGGGACACUAAGUUACAGCGGAAAAACCAGUGACUUCUGGACAAGCAAGGGAGCUGAAGCAGUUCUGGUUGGCUGACAGAAUCUGCCCAGUUGGGAAAGUGCUUAUUGUCACAGGGCUGCUGUUUCUGUCGAUGUUUACAUAUUCUGAUCCCAAGCACUGUGGUGAGAGGAAGAAGAAAAAGAAAACAAUACUUGAUCAAAGAGAGAAGGAAAAGGAGGACUGGUCCUCCUGGUCAUGCAGACUGGUCAUAGUUUGAUCUUGCCUAAAGAAACAAGCUUUUUUAUCUGCUCUGAUUGGCUUUUAAAAAAAUUGAUCGUCAAACCCACAGCAGCACAAACAUUUUUUUUCCUGGGUGAUGUCCAAUGAAGAGUUGAAAGCGUGAGAGGAGCUAGAAUAGGUUUCUCCAUCCAUUGUUUAAGGUGGAAUCAUCCUCUUCGUUAGUGCCCAAAGUGCCCAGUAUAAGAUUACGUGUAGGUCCUGAGUGUACUAUAUGGUUGUGGACCAAAGGUUACGUAGAGUAGAGGCAGUGCUGGGAUACUUAGCAUUAUUAAACCCUUACACAAACGCAGUUUCUGAUAUGGGCAUUUUUCCAGCUUUACAAGGCUGUUUGGCUUUAGGGAGCCUACAGAUGUAUGCAGUCUCAUUACAGAGUUGUCUUCAAAAACAGGUCUCCAGGUACCUUGAGAUGAGAGACAGACUACUGGGAAAUCCCGUGCUCCUUGUUUGAUUUUAUUUUUUUUAAAUAUAAAGAUUCAUAUUUAAGGGAGGAAGGGGAUGGAAAUGUUGCCAUUUACAUGAAAAGGAAACCCACAUUUUAUUGGUCAGACUAGCAUUUCUUUCCCACUUUUUUAAAGGCACACUGAUUUUUUCAGUCCUUCCAUUUGUUAAACUUUCUUUGCCUUGUGUUUAUCUGCUACAGAAAUCAAGUAAUGCUCUAUUCAUGUCUUUUAUAAAACACAACCAGUUCUUUACUUACUCCUUACUUAGACCUUCCUCGUCUUUCAUCUAACUCCUCCCAAAAGUCAUGCAUUAUACUGAUUUGGUAGUUAAAGCCGAUUGUGACCUAUUCCAGAGCCAGGUUAAUACUGCUUCAGGCAUUAGCCAAAGAGGAGUCGUUCAAAAGCGACCAGAGGUGCCUUCUCUUCUAGGGGCUGAAUGGGUUGUCUCCAGCAUUUCCAGCUCCUGCUGGCCUGGGGGGUUCCUGACCUGAACUCUUCCUUACAUGGUUGCACAAGACUGCAAAGCUGGCUUUUUUUUUUUAAGGGGUUUUGGAUAGCAAUACAUCCACUGGUUCAUUUGUAAGGUUAGGAAGUAUCCAGCACACGUUGCACUUUCAACACUAGGACAGAACUUUGCUGUUGAGUCCCAUGCGCUGUCAGAUAAAAGGUGAGAAUUGCAGAAACUGAAAUAAGUCAGAGGGGAAAGGAGCAAAUAAAAUAGCAUGAUGCCCUUUUUCAACCCCGAAGCAUUCCUUUGAUCAGAGAUGCUGAAAUUCCUAAUAGCUAGUCUUUCCAGUAGUUUGAUUUGAGAUUGAACCAGUGACUACUGGUUAUCUCACACCUUCCAGAGAGACUUUGACCCAUGGGUAAUAAAUCUUCAAUGUUUUUUGCUAGAUUAACUUAUAGCUUUCAGGUUUCUUUUACAUGUGAUUUAUUUUUCUUAGACCAGACAACAAUUUCUUUUCUAUUUAGAGCUCAUUUUAAUUUUAUAUAAAUAUAUAUACAUGAAUUAAAAAUAAUAUAUAUUGUGUAUUUAGUAUAAAAAUGUUGGGUUGAGCUCAGCAAUAAAUGUUUUUGCACAACACUUCUGUGAAAGACAGAUUGAAUUAAGAUGCAUUAGUUCGUUAAUUUCAGUCCACAGCAUCUGCCAAUUAAAUGCUUUUUAGCUAGUGCUAAUGUUUUGUAUGUGCCGUGUUGGUUAGCUAAGCCUGCAUCUCCAUCACCAAGGUUAUUUAGAGUUGCAACAUACAGCUACAUAGAUUCUGGUAUUCUUAAUCCUGUGCAAAUUCUGUUAAAAUACCAUAAACUAUUUAGAAUGCAAGCUUAAUCUGAUUUUUUCCUCUUUUCUCCAGGAGGGGUUGAAGGAAGACAACUUUUGGUUUUUUGAGGCCUAACAGUUCUGGCAGGAUGCUAAUUGUCUGAACUGUGUCAAACCUGAUACUUUUUUUUAACAAUGCAGGUAGCUAAGGGAGUUGCAGCAGUGAGCCAUCAGGCAGCAAUAUACUUAAAAGACCCUGUCCUAAGAGUUCUACCUCUUCUAUGUUUUCCUCAUCAAGGCAUCUCAUUCAAAUUGCCAUCUUUUGUCUUCAUACCUAAUGAAAUUUUAGAUUGGGAGACUUGGAGCCCUUUAUAACUACAGCACAAAUUUCCUUUCAGCAUUCCUCUCUUCCUGGAAGUAUGCCUCAUCUUUAGUUGAGUAUCCUCUCAAAUCUUAAGGAGGGUAGGAGUAGUCCUGUCUGUGGCCUGUGGAGCUUCUCAGUCUUGGGAAACAAGUAAACUAAUACUGUGGAAAUAGGUAGUAGGAUGAUGAGAGUAAAGAUGACCGUACAUUGUUUGUGAAGCCAGUUCAAACAGCACCCCUGAGGGCUGAAUGUUUUCGGUCAUUAUGCUACUGAGCUUCAUGGAAAUAAGCAACAUGGUGAUGAAGGGGUCUGCAUUCCCUUUUCCCUGUUCUCCCUGGUUACACCUACCAAGGCCAAAUCAAAGGAAAUAGGGUGGCUCCCAGAGACCUUUGCAGGUAGCAUAAACAGGAUGGGGAAGGGAAAGGUUCCUGCAACGUCCAAAUGCAAAAUUAGCUUAAUGUUUUACUAUUUUCUGCACAGCAGCUCUUCUAAAGACAUUUCCCCCCAAGUUUUUACUACUUUUUAAGGGCCUUUGUUAAUAAAUAAACUGUAGUUGUACAUACUAAAUAACCCUCAGUAUUCACAAGCAAUAAGAAAGCCAAGUAGAGCUGUCUUUUCCAGGCAGCAGGGCUGAACUUGGUUUGGGGACUGUAUAUGAGCUAACAUGUCAAGCUCACUGAAAGCCCCAAACAAAUGCAAGCAAUAAUUUCAAACACAGGUUUUAGAUAUUAAAACCGUCUGGGUAAUAUUUUCUGCUACAUGAUCCAAAGUCCCGAAAGUUGUGGUAGCUAUUUUAAAUCCUUUCAAGACACUUGCAAAGAAAGAAGGCAGGCUAGAUGAAAAACAGGCUGCAAAGUUUCCUGAUACCUUGGACUAUAACUGCAGUGUUCUCCCACUCCAAGAUGCAAAUGGCCUACAUCACUUUGUCCAGCCUUCUCUGUUGAUUUGAGAUACAUGACUAAUACUGAUCAACUAAGUCACAAGUGUGGAUGCUGUGGGUUUCACAUCUGUUUUCUGCUAAUCAGAAGUAACUUUUAAUUACCUGGGUUCUGUGUCUUGUUUGAAUCCAAUCCAAGUUGUCUGAUGCACAGAUUUGGGGGUGGGACAGGUGCCAAGAGCCUGUUUCUUUCCCACAGUCCCAUCACCUGACCCUUCCUCCACACUCCUUCUCCACUUGGUGCAAGACCCUUGAGGACAUGAAAACAGAGAAAUCCUGCAACUCUCCCAAGCUGCCAUCAGUUGUGUGAACCAUUAACCCUCUGGGAGUCAUCUUGGACUCCAACUAACUUUAUCACAUUUGCUGCUACAUUCGUAAAAUGAACUUUUGGCUGUAUUUAUUAGCAAAUUUUAAUCUAGUUUACAGUUUGUUUGGUUUUCUUUUGAGUAGUUUUUGCCCACAGAUGGAUUAGAAGUGUUGGGGUGUUUGGGUUGUUUUGGUUUUUUUGAGUGAAUUGUUGAAGGCACAGUGGUCCCUCUUCUGCUUUUAUUUUGGAUUUUUUUUGAAGAUGGCAUUGCAGGGGAAGCCUGCGGCCAAGCUGAGCUGUGGAGGCUUCCUCCCACACCUGACUUUCAUCUUUUGCUGAAUUGGGGGGGGGGGGGGGAGAUGACUAAAGGGACACUUGCUUUUUGUUUGGGUUUGGUUUUUUUCUUCCAUAAAAUGAACCAGAAGGUGAAAGCAGUAGGUAAAUGACUGAUUAAUUAACACUUUAUGCAAUUUUAAUUUUAUAGAAAUUAAAAAAAGGUUGGUAGAUUUUGAUUGGUCCUAGCUCUGGUGAAAUGGCUGUUACCCUCCAUGACUUACUUGAUUCAGGCCUUUGUCCUUUGUUUAAGUGCCUUUUUUUUAAUUUUAUUUCCCUACCCUCUUUAAACUGUUCUCAGAGAUCCUGAAGUGCUGGAAGGCAUUUUGGAGGAAAAUCUUAAGCUUGCCAAGAUGGCUUUAUGCUGUUAUACUAUUUUUUUCCCUUUUGUAAAGAAAAAAAAAGUGUAAUGUGUGUAACUUCAUAGCUGCUGUACCAUGGUGUUGGUUCUGUGUGCUUGUGCUUUCUUUCUCUCUCACACUCAAACAUAAGCGCGCACACACGUAUACAGCAAUAUUCCUGAGAAUCCUGUUCAUCCUACAUUCUGCUGGCUCUGUUAAACACUUAAAGGUGAACGUUUGUGCAAAGAUGGCAGUACAAUAAAAGAGUGUGUGAGUGUGCGUAAAUGUGCAUGAGAGAAAGGAAGUGGCUAAUGGGAAUGAAACUUCUUGCAUUUUUCUCUGAAGGUUUUAAAUUUGGAUCUUGAUUAGGUCACGAGUAAAACAUUAUGGGCCCUGUCUGGCAACCUUAUUAAAUACUGGACCACGUAACACAAUUACUGAGUCUGAGGCAAAGACGUGUGGCUGACAAGCCUAAGGAGGUGGGGGUGGAAAGAAGGUUAAAAUAGCAGCUUGCACCAAGUUUGAGUUGAGAUGAAUUGCAAGGAAUCUUGUGUGCAGCUAGUCACAUCUGCUUGACACCCAUUGUUGCAAGGAUUCUCACAUUUACCAAAGUUGUCACUUUCUACUGUACAUCAUAUGUAAGAAGGAAUUUGGUAGAACCUGCAAGAGUGCAGCUGCUAAUUGAAGUUAAGCCUGGCUACGCUUCACAUGCUGCCUAAAUCAUUCACCAUGGAAGUACUUUUCUAGUUGUACUUUUAUUGAGAUUUCAUUAAUGGUUUGUUCUCUUAAUAUAAUGAAGAGUAAGUUCAUGUGUUAUUAGCUGCAAGUGAACCCUCAUAAUAGUCUUUGUGCUUGUUUCCUUGUUCUCUUGACAAAAUUAGCAAGCUGCAAUAGAUAAUCUAGUGAUUUUAACAAUUUUGUGCUGAGGAUAUAUCUAAUUUAUGAUUAUUAUAAACAUGCAUACCUGAAAUGAGCAAUUCCCUUGUUGACCAAGUGCUAAACUUCAGGUAACAUACAUACUCAUCCCUAGGCUCUGCUAGUUCUGUGAUGUGCUGCCCCUGGGGAAGAUGUACUUUUAGGUUGCAAUACGAAAAGGAAGCAUUUACCUUCUCUUUUUUCAGAAACCAGGAUGGGAAUGGAAUGAAGAGUCUUUCAUAGAUAAGUGGAGAGCCCAUCUAGAGAGCAGAAAAUAAGAUCUCAAAUACAACAUGUUCUGUGGCAGAGAAUAGCCUAACCGCUAUUUCAAUUCUUGGCUUGGCUUCACAUGUUUGAGUGAACCUCUUUAUGUAAACUAGGCCACAGGCGGAUUUCUUGUACCCAUCUAAUGGUGCCAGUCAAAGAUGGGACUAUCUCUGGUAGCUCAGCCAGUUGGUGUGACAGUGAGGGUGCUUCUUCAUCUGCCUUAGGUGCAUCAGUGAAGUUACUUUGGAGUUUUGCCCCAUCCACCUGUGGCAGAGCUGACCUGGCUCUUCUGUCACUGUUUAAUUCAUUUUGGGCACACAUACUCUUCAUCCUAGGCUGAGCUGUGAGAUGGGGAAUCUACAUCUGAUGAUGAUGGCUGACUGUUGCAGUCUUUUUUUAACAAAUGCAGCUGUUGUGAAAAUCUGUGUCUGUCUACUGCUUAAGAAAUCACUGCCAAAAUAAGGAGCCAGAAGUAUGCUUACUGGGCCACUGGAAAGAUAACCGCUGUGUAGGGGAAUGCCUUGAUUGUGGAAACUUCUGGUGUGGCUUCAUCAUCCUUUUUCUAUGACCCAGUGAUCCCUUGCUGCUGUAAUAGCCUUUUGGGGCCAUAGAAAGCCCUGCUGCUGCUAUGAGUUAUGCUGAGAGAUCAGCAUGGCCUGGAACUGGCCCAAAACUGGGGAAGUACAAAGAUUCCCUACAGCUGUUUUUGCACACUCAUAAAUAAAACUGUGCUAAUCUUGUCAGUAGUCAAGGAGAUAGGUCUGUAUUUUGUAGCCAUUUUUGACAGCUAUAAUUCUACAGAGCAACUCGGGGGAGGGAGGGGGGAAUGUUUUGUAUCUAGAAGUGAAUUUCAGUCUCUUCCCUUGCUGUCAUCUCCUGCUUAAAUAAUAACCAUUAACUAGUAAGAUUUUUUUUUAUGGUGAAGUAAUCCAAAGCAAGCAGUGUACACUGACUCCUGUCAUGCUCAAUGCUAAGGGUGGGGUUUGGUUUUGUUUUGUUUUUCCCAGCAGUGUGUGCAGAUUAUUUUAUCAACUGAUAGUUACCUUUGUUACUGUCCAAUACCAAGACAAAAAGCAGGGGAGAGAAUCGACCAAAACCAGUUGGGAGAUACCACCAUUGUAGGCCAAACCCAGUAGCUGCUGAGGCAGCCAGAGCUUCUUUGAGACUUACCAGAUUUCACCAGUGGAGUGGGGACUGGGGGAAGAAACUUUCCUGCAUUCUCAGCUUUUUUCCAGACAAGGCCUUAGUUUGAUUAGUAGUCACUAAUACCAACUAUGCAGAUGAGUAUUCUUUACGUGUUUCAGUGUUACAUGCAUUCCUUCCCCCAGCUACCCCUGUUAACACAUGUUGAAGUUUUACCCAAAGAAAAUGGAAUAUUUUUUGAAUGUCUGUACCGCAGAACUUUUUGCUAACGUGAAGAAAGAAAUUUGUAUUUUAAAAAAGAAACCCUUUCACUGGUGCAAUACCUAGUGUCAAGUGUCAUGAAGUUGCUUCGAGGGGGAAGCUAAAAUCACUUCUUGUGACAGGUUUCAGUCUGAGAGUUUUUAGAAUAUUCAGCUCUCAAAAUUGGUUUAAGAAGCUGCAGCAAUGUUGUUUUUUCAUGUACAGAUUGGAUUUGGGGAGAAACUAAUGAGACGUCCUGGAUUUCCUUCCAGUAUCAGAAGUGAAUUAAUUCAAUGCCUCGCUUAAAUGAAGUUCCUUCUAAACAAGGGGAGGUAUCAGCUACACAGUAGCUGGAUCUUUAAAUAAAAGCUAUAUUGCAAUCCCCAGGUAUUUCUCACUGAUCUUCUAGUCUUGUUGUAUGUAACUACAAAUAACGGUUUAGCUCAGAGAUGAGAACUGUAGUGUGUGUUUUAUUGCCGGUGAUUCCAUCAUGUAGCAAUUAGUACCAUGUUCUUGCAUAGUUCUCAAGAUCCAUACUGGAAAUAGAUGGAUAAACUUUAUUUUUGGACUACUGUUUAAAAAAAUUAUAAAAUUAAGUACUACUUUUUACCCCCAAAAAUCAGCAGCAUUAUAUUUUAGCAGUUAAACUAGUACCCUUGUUAUGUGAUCUGUCUCUUGUAGUCUUCUUUUUACUGGGGGUUAGAAGCAUUCCACAAGUAAUCUUUAAAAUGUUGGUCUUUUCUAGCUUAAAGUCAGGUGCUUAUAAUAAAAGAGCAUCUGUGAUGAUAACUUCUGAUGAUACAAAAGCACUAUGUUCAGAAUAUUUCAUUGGGGAAAAACAAACAAACAGGUGUGGGUGCAAGUCCCUUUAGUUUUGCCUGAUAAAGAGGCUCGGUCAAGACCAGAGCUCCCAAAUACCUGCCUGCACAGCUAAUGGUGGUGGGGAUCAUCCCCUCGACAGAGGUUUGGCCUCAGUAUCUUUUGUUUGGUAUCACUUUUAGUGUAUAUAUAUUUAUAUAGCAAGUUUGGAUAUAGCCAGCUCAAUUCCACCUGACUUGCUGUGGAUCCCCAAGACAAUGAAAGGCUGAGAAACAGAUGGACAAAGUGUUUUCCUGCCUUUUACCAGGUAGCUCAGAACAAACAGCUGGGCGAGUGUUCUGUUAUAAUCAAAUGUUAAAUCACAGCUAGAAUUCUGCAUUCCUCAGUUUCAAACAAAGGAAUGCACAGCUACUACGAGAUGGCAAACCUGUUUGAGUUGGUGAUUCCUGUGAUGCUUUACUCAGUCCAGCAUGAAUUUGUACAAGGUCACCUUCCUCCUUUUAAUCCUCACGUAUUUCGGAUCAUAGGGCUUAGUGAUGGAGAGAGGAUCCCAACAGCCGUGUGCUUACCUGAUGAGUGCUCCAGAGAGACCCCUGUGAAAUGCUCCCCUCUUGUGACAACAAGCCAGAACAACCAAUCGCAGCUACAUUUGGGUGAUUAGCACCACUUUCAUUUGUUUUUUUAGGGAGGUGUGUUCCAAUAACUUCAAGGGAUACUGUGUUUUAAAUGUGUGAUGUCUUUCCUCUCUCCUUAUAAAACUGGACCUGAACGCAAGUUUUGAGUUGGUUUUGGUUUUUGGGUUUUUUUUUUUUGUAAUAAUCUCAGGACCUGAAAGAUUGUAGCAUUUAGUGUGUCUUAAAAAUGAUGUACUGUACCAGCCAUGGAUUUUGUAAAUACACCUGUCUCCCUUUUUUGUAUUUUAAUUUUUUAAAAGUGUGUAAGGCUCUUUGCCAGAGGAACUGGUGCCUGCUUAAUUUCCAUCCUGAAGUGGGGAAAGGAAGAAGCUGCUGCCACAAAAGCCUGCAUCAGUUCCCGAUGUGUAUAUUGUUCUGGUCAGUUUAAUGGCUGUUAGUCUUUCGUUAGUUGGGAAGCCAGUUUGUUCCCCCGCACGUUCCCAGUCGUGGCUAGCAGAGCCCUAUCAGGGAGACUAAUUUUAACUCUCUUCUGCGUGACUACUUGAUGUUUUCACUCCUUCCAGGUUCUCAGGUUUGCUAUCCCUGAGAAGUCUGAUGUUUUCAGUGGUUGGGAAUAUUUGCCCUCUGCAAGAAUAGCUGGAGAGCAUUCCUCACUUUAGAUAAACACAGUAACAGGGUUUGUGUCCCACAAACCUUGUGGAUGAUGCAGUCUCCACCUCUUCCACGAGGGACUUGCCCUUUUCUGCUUUCCUGAAAGGAGCGCAAAGAUAUAUUUUUUUUAAUUAUUUUUAUUUUUUUGGGGGCAGCAGACUUUGCUCUGGGAUCCAACCUUGCCGGCAGACCCCCGUUCUGCAGUAGGAGCCUUACUCAAUUCGGUGUAGCUGUUCCCUGUCCCUAACCGUGACAGGCUUUUUCAUGAGUGUACUUUUCUUUUUUUGUCAUGUGUCUGUGCUGUAUUAAAUAAAG